AUGACAAACCUGAAAGGAACCAGCAUCAUGAACAGAUCUCCAGAGCAGUGUAUCUUGGCAAAAGCAUUAUAUGAUAACCAUGCUGAAUGUGCUGAUGAGUUGGCUUUCCGGAGGGGAGACAUCCUGACCAUUCUAGAAAAGAAUGUCCCAGAAAGUGAAGGAUGGUGGAAGUGUUCACUUCAUGGUCGACAAGGGCUGGCCCCUGCAAAUCGUCUCCAUGUCCUCACGGAUUCUCAAGAGGAUGGACUUGCUCUCUCCUCCCAGAAUAGCUUGGAAGAAUUACCCAGCAGUCCAGAAAAGACUAGCCAUGUGCCCUCUGAGCUCAACAGACCUCCUCCACCAGGUGUAUAUGAACAGAUGGUUGGUUGGGUGAAGCUACCCCAGCCUGUAGCUUCUCCCUCUAUUGAUCAAGUAUAUGAGCAACCUGCACCAUUGACCACAGCAAAAAUUUUCACUGAAAAGACUCUAAGUUUUGCUAAACAGGACCUCUUUACACUUCCCAGACCGACCUCGGGAUCAACUAUUAAUUCACAAGUUUAUGAUGUUCCAUCCCGACAAAGCCAAGGUCGCCUGAUUCCUAAGGAACAGGAGAAACAAGUGUAUGACAUUCCAGCCUUCUCUGAAAAGGCAGGAAUCCAUGUUCCAAAGAGCCAUGUUUAUGAUGUCCCCCCUCCAAAUGCAAGAGUCGUUUCUCUAGGAGAUAUGCCCUGUGUUGUUUCUCCAUCAACAAAAUCUGUUAGAAUGUGUUGUUAUAAUACUUUGCCCAAUCCUCGGAAGCCUGGAUGGAUUUAUGACACUCCAGUGUCUCCAGAUAAAGCAGGUUUGAGACAAGCACCCCUAUCAAGUUCCCCAGAACAGAAGGUUCUCUAUGAUAUUCCACCUCCCAGGUGUACAUCAACCCUGCAAAAUUCACCGAAUGAUAAAUCAAAGACACUCAAACCACAAAUGAAUAACCAGUGCAGAAAUGUACUCCUAGUUCAGAAAAAAAUCAGUGCUCCAGAAAUGCCUGUAUAUGCAUCACCACCCCCUCGAGAUAUACCACCCUUGAAACCUAGAAUUGAAUAUGCUGUUCCCCCCAGUUUUCUGAUUCCUCGGGUAGAACAACAGAACACAAAGCCAAAUAUUUAUGACAUUCCAAAAGGGAUGUCUCCUGUCCCUCAGCUUGGGAAAGAUCCUGAAAAUAAAAAUGAUGCUUCAGAAAAUUGUGUUUAUCGUGUCCCCCCCUGGCUACCAAUACAUCCAAGAUCAAUAUCCCCCGAGCUAUCAGAACAAGAUAGAUUAUCCAUUUCCAGUGUGGACAGCAGAGCCAGUAUAUCUUCUUGCUCCUCAGCUUCUACUGACCCCUCGUCUAUUUCCUCAUCAGAAGAACCAGGUAAAGAGGUUAUGUUGGACCUGGAGUUAGCCAAAGAGAUGGUGACAAACCUACAGCAUAGAGUAGCUAGCUCCAUAGCAAGCCUAAUGAUCUUUGUGAGCAGUAAGUGGAGAUUCAAAGAAUACCUGGAAGCAAACAUUGAUGAAAUCCAUAGAGCUGCUGAGCACAUCAAGGCAUCACUGGGAGAGUUUCUGGAUUUUGCCCGAUUGCUUGGUGUGAAUGCUAGCAAUCUUACGGACAGUAAUCUUCAAGUCAGGAUAAAAAAGCAACUACAGAUUAUUUCUGAUUCCUACAAGAUUCUCCUAGAAACAAGGGAAGCUCUGAAUAACUGCAAUUGGUCCCUGGACAUUCUUGUUACUGACAAACUUCAGAACAAUCCUGAUGACCUGGACAGAUUUGUCAUGGUGGCCCGGACAAUUCCAGAAGACAUAAAGCGCUUUGUCUCCAUCAUCAUUGCAAAUGGGAAGCUUCUUUUUAAACAGAACUGUGAGAAAGAAGAGACCACUCAAUUCCACAUGAAUACAGAACAUAAAUUUGCAACAUUUACUCAGGUUCCCAGAAGAAAAGAUGUUGAUUUGCACCAAGGGAAUAUUGCUCUUGGUAAACCAAGGGAAAGAGAAUUUUCUUCUGAGCCAUCAAGUAGAAAUAUGAGGAAUGUCUGUGACCAAGAUAAAUCACAGAAGACAGUGGAUCUAGAAGAUGUAGAGAAAACAGUUUUCAAACAAGCAGAAAAGAAAAAAGACUUUAAAACAAAGAGUCUUUCUCCUACAAACCACAAACCACUGAGUAGGCAGGAUCCAGAGAAGAAAAUCAACCUUUCAGAACACUGUAGACUUUACUUUGGUGGGCUUCUUAAGGCCAUUGGCAUAUUUAAUACCAGCCUUAGCAAUAAUCAACCACCUGAAAUUUUCAUCACUCAGAGUAAGUUGAUCAUCAUGAUAGGCCAAAAGCUGGUGGACUCCCUCUGUCAAGAAACAAAGGAAAAAGAUGUUCGCAAUGAGAUUCUCUGCAGCAGCAGCCAGCUCUGUGGCUUAUUGAAGAAUCUAGCUGUGGCCACCAAGAAUGCCGUCCUCAAAUACCCUAAUGAUGAUGCAAUAAGAGAACUUCAAGUGGAAGCAGAGAAGCUAUGUAAAUACACACAACAAAUCAGAGAAACGCUAGAAUGAGAUCUCACUUUAGUUCUUUCUGAUUUAUUACUAGAGAGCCUCAGAAAUCCUUGCUGGGCUGGUCUUAUUAUUAGCUUCUGCCCAUAUACUUAGGUACUGUUAUCAAUACCUACAGACUAUGGUACCAAGUUGCUAGGAGUAUACAGGACAAUGGUUCCAUAGCAAAUCCUGGCACAAAGUGAAGCAUUAUUAAGUAAGGAUUUUAAGCAUGUCUGGGAUCAGCAUGUAAGGUAGUGAUUUGAUGCAAGUUUUUCUAUAAACUUCUAGUAGGCAUCUGCUGUGCACAAAGCAAUGGGGAAGAUAGAUACAAAGUUUAGCUCUGGUUCUGGACCUCGUAGAGUUGAUAGUACAGGAAACUCAUUUAUAUAGCCUUUGAAGGCUUACAAAGUACUUCCCUCACAACAACCUUAUAAGAGAAGUAAAGCACCCUUAUGCCCAUUUUACAGAUGAGGAAACUGAAGCACAGAGGAAUGAAGUAGUUUGUCCAUGAUGAGACAGCUAAAUGAGUAUAAGGGCCAGGAUUAAAACCCAAGUCUUGUGACUCUAAGUCCUAUGCUUGUUUUAUAGAAGUCAAUUUUUAUAUUGGUUAAAAUUAAUUUUAAUACUCUAUUUUUCUUUCUUUUUAUAAAAACAAACCAGGGCCUCCCCCCCUUUAGAAUUAAUUUUGUUAGAAAAAUACAAACUUUUUUUGUAAUUGCUUGUUACACUAAGA